CAUUUGUGCCUGGCUGAUUCAGGGGCCCGAGGCCCUACCACCUCCUUUCCUUGGAAUCAGGAAUCUCCCGGACGUGGUGGAAGUUAAAGUUCCAGCCUCACUGCUCGGUGUUUGGGGUAAAACUUUAAUGUAAGGAACUCACGGCUUGGAGGAGGAAAUGAGUCAGGCAAUCUAAGGGAGCAGCACCACAUGUAAUUGCCAUUGGGACUGUGAUUUCACAGCCCCUCCGUGUGCCAACUAAUCCAGAGCACGUGAUUAAUACACACAGCCAGACAUCUAGUUGUCAUCACUCUGCCAGGCCCAGGCUCCUACUACACGCAUCCCUCUCUGCCUUUCAGACAGGACGGUUCACCUUUGAAGCAGCAGUGCCAGCAGGAGAGCAGACACAGCAAUGGACAACUUUAACUUCUCACUUCCAGUUCUCACUAGAAAACAACAAGACAUUUUUCAGAAAGCUUUUGCUGAUGAUGCUGAUUACCUGGAAACAUCUGAGAAAAUGAAUCAGUCCUUCUGGAAAUUGUUAAUAAAAUGUUUAGCCACUGUUAACCCAGCCAGCCUGACCGCUGAAGAAACACACAAUCUCCUUAACAGAGGCAUAAACUCAUCUGAUGAACGUGCAGCGUCCUUGAAGACCAUAGGAGAAAAAGGAGUUAAUGCAGUGGUUGUGCUUUACCUGCUGCUAAAGGUGAAAGAUCUAUCUGCCUACAGAGAGUUGCCCAGCUCCAAGAAAAAUGAUGAAAAAUUGAAACUACUUCAGGAAUUGGAAAAAAGUUUCACAUUUUCACCAGAAGAAAGUGAGGUUGAAAGGUCAUCUCGGGAGCCUGCAGAGACACAACCACGAGCCACCAGUGCUGGCAAGAAAAAAGUCUCUGUGGCAACAGUAAAACCAAUUUCUCACAAAGAAAGUCAGGAAGACCAAGACCAUGAAAAUCAAGAUGGAAGUGGUGCACCGGGAGAGGUUGUCCCCUAUAAUGAAUCAGAGAUUGCAAGACGAGAAAAUGCAACUGCUGCUGUAUGUGAAAACGUUACUUACCUUCAGAGAUGUCAGAGACAGUGGAUAAGAAUACGGAAAAAUGAUGUGUUCUUUCAUUUUGUCAUUCUUUGCUUUGGCAUUGGAGCUGCACUAAUUAGCUAUUACCACUACAAAGACUGGACCAUUUCUCUUGGUUUUGGUUUAAUCACCUUUGCUUCCCUAGAAACCACCGGAAUAUAUUUUGGUCUUGUGCAUCGAAUUCACAGUGUCCUUGAGCGUUUCAUUCCUCUGAUUCAGAGAUUCAAAAUACCAGGUAUUAGAAAAGUUGACUGAACAGAAGAUUCUGAGAGUUCAACAAGUCUCUGGUUUCUGGAUUGAUUGUACUUAUGUGAAUAAACCUGUUUUAUGGUGCAGUCAUAAAAUCUAAUGGCCAUUAUAAAAUAUUGAAGCGUUAACCAUAACAUUUGUUAUUCUCUCCACUGGGGAAUAAAAACUGUAGUACAGUA